AUGUCAGACUGGUGGAUGCUGGUGGAGUGAAGAUGGAAGCAACAGUUGUAGUCAGUGGCUUAGAAGAUGCUGCUGCAGUGGACUUCCUUUACUCACAAAAUGUCAUUUACUGGACAGAUGUGAGCGAAGAAGCCAUCAAACAGACUUAUUUUAACCAAACUGGGAGUCUUGUACAGAGUGUCAUUGUUUCAGGACUGCUUUCUCCAGACGGCCUGGCAUGUGACUGGAUUGGGAAAAAAUUGUACUGGACUGACUCAGAAACAAAUAGGAUUGAAGUUGCUAACCUCAAUGGGACAUCUAGGAAAGUUCUUUUCUGGCAAGAUCUUGACCAGCCAAGAGCAAUUGCUCUGGAUCCAGCUCAUGGAUACAUGUAUUGGACAGAUUGGGGUGAAACACCUAGAAUAGAGCGUGCCGGAAUGGACAGCAGUUUUCGGAAAAUAAUCGUGGAUUCUGACAUUUAUUGGCCCAAUGGACUCACAAUAGAUCUCAGUGAACAAAAGCUUUAUUGGGCUGAUGCAAAGCUGAGCUUCAUUCACAGAGCAAAUCUGGAUGGCUCCUUCAGGCAAAAAGUCGUGGAAGGUAGUCUCACUCAUCCAUUUGCCCUGACGUUGGCUGGGGACACUCUGUAUUGGACGGAUUGGCAGACACGUUCCAUUCACGCCUGCAACAAGAAAGCUGGAGAGAACAAGAGAGAAAUAAUAAAUUCUUUGUAUUCACCAAUGGACAUCCAGGUUUUGAGCCCGGAAAGGCAGCCAUAUUUUCACACGCCGUGUGAGGAAAGUAAUGGUGGAUGUUCACACUUGUGCCUGUUGUCCCCAAAAGAGCCCUUUUAUAGUUGUACCUGUCCUACUGGAGUCCAACUACAAGAAGAUGGAAAAACCUGCAAAGCAGGUGCUGAGGAAGUCCUCUUGCUCGCUAGAAGAACGGAUCUACGAAGAAUUUCCCUGGACAUGCCGGACUUCACAGAUGUUAUUCUGCAAAUAGACAACAUUAGGCAUGCUAUUGCAAUUGACUAUGACCCUGUUGAGGGCUACAUAUAUUGGACAGAUGAUGAUGUCAGAGCUAUUCGCCGGGCAUUUCUUGAUGGAUCUGGAGCCCAGACUCUAGUAACAACAGAGAUAAAUCAUCCUGAUGGCAUUGCAGUAGAUUGGGUGGGUAGGAAUUUGUAUUGGACUGAUACUGGUACAGAUCGGAUUGAAGUUACACGUUUGAAUGGGACGUCAAGAAGGAUCCUUAUUUCAGAAAACCUAGAUGAACCUAGAGCAAUAGUGCUCAAUCCUGUGAUGGGGUAUAUGUAUUGGACAGACUGGGGUGAAAAUCCGAAGAUUGAGUCUGCUUAUCUGGAUGGGUCUGAGAGGAAAGUGCUGGUGAAUACUUCUCUAGGAUGGCCUAAUGGUUUGGCAUUGGAUCUUGAAGAAAACAAACUUUAUUGGGGAGAUGCAAAGACUGACAAAAUUGAGGUAAUAAGCCUUGAUGGAACCAUGAGAAAAACACUCAUAGAAGAUAAACUUCCUCAUAUAUUUGGAUUUACUUUACUCGGUGAAUACAUCUACUGGACAGAUUGGCAGAGGCGAAGUAUUGAAAGGGUUCACAAGAAGUGGGCAAGUCGGGACAUUAUCAUUGAUCAGUUGCCGGACUUGAUGGGUCUUAAAGCAACAAGUGUCACCAGAGCAGAGGGGACAAAUCCAUGUGCCGAGAAUAAUGGCGGCUGCAGCCACCUGUGCUUCUUCACACCCCAGGAGUGCAGAUGUGCCUGUCCAAUUGGAUUGGAGUUACUUAGUGAUAUGAGGACCUGCAUCAUCCCAGAAGCUUUCCUUGUCUUCACCAGCAGGGCAGCCGUUCAUAGGAUUUCUCUUGGAGCCAGCAACAAUGAUGUUGCCAUUCCUCUCACGGGUGUGAAAGAAGCUUCUGCUCUAGAUUUUGAUGUAUCUGACAACAGAAUCUACUGGACAGAUAUUAGCUUAAAGACAAUAAGCCGAGCCUUCAUGAAUGGAAGUGGACUUGAACAUGUGAUUGAGUUUGGGUUAGAUUACCCUGAAGGCAUGGCUGUAGAUUGGAUGGGGAAGAAUCUCUAUUGGGCAGAUACUGGAACCAAUAGGAUCGAAGUGGCCCGGUUGGAUGGGCUAUUCCGGCAAGUUCUUGUGUGGAAAGAUUUGGACAACCCAAGAUCAUUGGCUCUUGAUCCAUCAAAAGGGUAUAUGUACUGGACAGAGUGGGGAGGCAAACCCAAAAUUGUUCGAGCAUACAUGGAUGGAACAAAUAGUAUCAUGCUGGUGGAUAAGGUGGGACGUGCCAACGAUCUUACAAUUGAUUACAAGGAUCAAAGACUUUAUUGGACUGAUCUGGACACAAGCAUGAUUGAGUCAUCCAAUAUGCUAGGGCAAGAGAGGGAAAUAAUAGCAGAUGAUCUACCUCACCCCUUUGGGCUAACUCAGUACAGUGACUUCAUCUACUGGACAGAUUGGAACCUCCACAGUAUAGAAAGAGCUGACAAAACAAAUGGCAGGAAUCGAACACUUAUUCAGAAUCGUCUGGACUUUGUGAUGGAUAUAUUAGUUUUCCAUUCAUCGCGACAGGAUGGUUUCAACGAGUGUGCGCAAAAUAAUGGGCACUGUGGGCAGUUGUGCCUGGCCAUACCCAAUGGCUAUAGAUGUGGCUGUGCAUCACACUACACCUUGGAUCCCAAGACCCGGAACUGCAGUUGUAUGUAUUUGACACAGCUCUCUAAAUAUUUUCAGUUUUCGACCAUUCCCAACACGGUAUUCUCUAAAUAGGUUAGAUUACAACUGCAUUCAUGGAUGUGCUGGUUGAGAUCAUGAAAGUUAUAGUCCCAACGCUUCCAGGAAGACAACAUUUUUGCAUCUGUAGCCUAUCUGUGUGGGAAGGACAGACAGCUGGAACGGACUGUAGUAGGAGUGAUUCAGAACUAUUCUUGCCAGAAGCCGAAUAGCAGCUAAAGAACAUAGUGUUCUUGGGAGUGUGCACUUGCUCUUUUUCUGUUAGUUCCAGGCCUUCCUCCAUCAAAAUAGAGUUCUGGUUCCAGUAAGCCCAGGCUAGAAUGGGAGGAAAGUCAAGGAUUCAUGCAACAGAAC